AUGUCUUCCAAGUUCCGGCUGAAAACUCAUUUAGCAACACAUGCUACUGAGAAACCAUAUAUCUGUAGCAUUUGCAAGAAAUCAUUUUCAAUAUUACAGAAUUUGAAUGUACAUUUGAGAACUCACACGGGUGAGAAACCAUUCAGUUGUUCAACAUGUGGGAAGACAUUUGCUCAGUCAUCAGGUUUAACGGCACACAAACGGAAACACACAGGACUUCUGCCAUACCAAUGUGUUCUAUGUCCACGUAAAUUUAGAACUUUUGGUCAUUUACAGUAUCAUAUAAGGCACGUCGUAUUGCCAAAAGAGAUGGUUAAGUUAGUGCCUAAAAACCAUUUGAUGUCGGAGCAGGAGUGGCGAGGUAUAGGCGUGCAGCAGAGCCAAGGCUGGGUCCACUAUAUGACACAUCAACCUGAACCCCAUAUCCUUCUGUUCCGAAGGAAGAAGACGACACCACCAGAGAAAAAGUAA